CUUCAUUACACCGCGGGAAGAGAGGCCACGCGUGUUCGCCGCGAUAGAACGGAGUUGCGAUCGUUCACAAGACGGCAGGCUGACGGAGUGCACGGGUGUCUCCGUCUUUCUCUCUGUCGUUAAAGACCAUUGGAAGUCUUGAACAUUUGUGUUUAUAGUGUUGUGACUCUUUGGUCAAAGACGCUCCGUCAUGCCGGCGAGUGAUCUCCGUGAAGGAUUACAAAGAUGGGUGAAAGGAGAAGGCACUGUAAAGACUACUCUCAUCGCCGGAUUGGCGGAGCUGAUCGGUACAAGCAUUUUGAUAUUUCUGGGAUGUAUGGGUUGUAUCUCCGGUUUCGACAUUCAACCUAUUUUCCUACACAUAACAUUAACAUUCGGCUUCGCGGUUAUGGUUGUGAUUCAGUGCAUCGGUCACAUCAGUCAAGCUCACAUUAACCCAGCCGUCACCGUGGGAGCUGUCAUUCUUGGGAAAAAAACCAUUCCCGAAGCUUUAGUUUACUUUGUGUCGCAAAUGAUAGGUGCCACUCUGGGUUACGGUAUGCUGAAGGUGGUGACACCGAAGGAUAAUCUAAUCACACUCGAUCAGACCGAUAUGAUUUGCGUGACCAAGCUGCACUCCAACCUGUCCGUGAUUCAGGGCUUGCUCGUCGAGAGCAUCGCGACCGGUAUUCUGAUGUUGGUGGUGUGCUCCAUCUGGGAUACGAGAAACGAGAAGUAUAUGGAUUCCGUACCGAUCAAAUUCGGCCUUACGGUAGUCGUACUGGGGACCACGGUCGGGCCGUACACCGGUUGCAGCUUGAACCCCGCGAGAUCAUUCGCGCCGGCAUUAUGGAACAACAAGUGGACGCAUCAUUGGGUCUAUUGGUUUGGGCCGAUCGGUGGCGCCAUGACUACUGCGUUAAUGUACAAAAUUAUUUUCGGCGUUUCCAAGAAAGUCGAGGAAGAAGAGCCCAUACCAGAAACUGUCGCGCUUAACAGCGUGGAGAUCAACAAAACGGAGCAGUCCUAAUUUGGCGGCGGGACUGGCGCCGAUCGAGGUGACGGGCGGACUGUUGAGAAGCUAAAAAAACUCGGUCGACGCUUUCUCAAUGCGAGGGGAAAACCUUCCGGGACUUUCGAGAGAUGGGAUGCUUUAGAAUGCACGGGCGAUUUCAAUGGUGGAUUCCAGAUGGCCAGGAUCGCAGGGGAAGCUUCCGAAGCUCAACCAGGAUAUACUCACGAUCCCCGGGAUACACGGGACAGACAAUCGUCUCAAUUCGACCGUCGAACGUGUUAGUACGUCAACGUAAGCCUGACACAGCAGUCAUCACAUGUAUAUAUACCAUGGACAAUCAAACAGCAAGUCACGCCGUUUCUCAGUGUGUUAAACUCUCUAAAUUUAUUCUCUCUACUCUCUAAAUCUGAAUCGGUAAAACUUCACUGCUAUUUUCGAUGAUCUAUACUUAUAACUGUAGGUAAUCAUCUUAGAGAAUAUUCUUAUUAGUCGGAAUCAGAUUAUCAUUGAAGGACAAGGUAACUCUAUGCAUCAAUUGAUACAGCUAUAAGUUUAGAAUUGAAAUCAGGUUAUUUGCGGUCUUUCAGCAAAUGUUAUAUUAAUUUCGAUUGAGAGAGUAGAAACGCGCAUCGGUACAAAUCAUUUCAGUCUUCCAUGAUUGGGUUUAAAAUUAAGUGUAUUAAAAUUGAAAUGUGAUCCGGUCGGAGGUUAAUAUACCUCCAAUGUCAUCAAAGCUAAUUAAGUGUAGCGUGAUGUCUCAAUAUUUAUUCAGAUUAUCCCGGUAAGACUCUUAUGUGUUGCGUAAAAGCAUCUUGACACAGUGCCCUCGUAAUCGCGAUCAGUCAAAUUUCAAUUAAUACGAAAUGUGAAAUUAACUAGUAAGUCGUUACUUUUGUCACUUUCUCUCUGUAAUAUAGUGUAUAGUGUUCGUUUGUUAUAAAUGUCUCGAAUCAUCUAGAAGAGCGUAUGUACAUACGAUCCAUUGAAAUGAGCGCUCUCUAUUGUUCAGAGAAAGGUACACAGUGUGGAAUCGGCGUCUCCUUCGAGUACUAUAUGAUUGGUCACUCGCAUAAAAAUGACGUUAGCAUUUUUAUACGAGUGACCAAUCAUAAUACUCAAAAGAGACCGAUUCCACACUGUGUACCUCCUCUUUCUCUCUCUGAACAAUAGCGCGCUCACUCCAAAUGUUUUCAUUUUAACGAUACAAUCUUUUUUAGCGAAUAAAUAAAUUGAAAAAGCGUAAACUAUAUACUAGUCACACGCGCGUGCGUAUUAACAUCUUAAUUUUUGUAAAAAAAAAAACCAAUUUGACAACGAAUAAAAUUGUAAAUAAUAAUAAAACCAACUUGUGCCAUA